AUGGGACAUUUUAAAGCAAUAGAAAAACAAUUAUCAAGCAUGAAAAUACAUGUUACUUUAAUCACCGUGUUUUUUAUAAUAAAAUCCAGUGAAUCAAAUUCUUUUAAAAAUGAACAAUUUACGAACAAUCCAGGAAUAUAUUUUGAAAAUAUCUCCCCAUUAUUCUUAACUGUUUCACAGUGGAACCUAGUAACCUAUUACAACAUAUCUGAUUAUGAACAAAAUUAUGCAGCAAUUAACCUAUAUUAUAUUAAUCUAAAAGACCUUUGUGAUAAAUACCAAUCAACUUAUGAAAAAUUAACAGAAACUUGCACGGAAUUACAAAAAAUUAAUUUUCAAACUAUCAACAAAAUAAACGAAGAACACGAAAUUGUUCAACAAUACCUAGAAAUCGACGAAACCAAUUACAACACAGCUAAACAACGAACAAAACGAAGUUCAUAUUUCGGCGGAAUUGGAAAAUUGCAACGAAUUUUAUUUGGAGUACUAACGGAAGAGGAAGGAGAAAUAUUUGAGGACAAGAUCAAAACACUAGAAGAAAAACAAAUAAAAACCUUAAUGAUUCAAAAAGAACAAAUCAAAAUAUUCAAAAGUUCAUUAGAUUCAGUGAAUGAAAUUACUUCAAGCUACACAAAAAUUAAAGACACCAUAGAUAUUAAUAUGAAUAAACUAAAUAAUGAAUUAAAAAUACAAAAAGACGAAUUAAAAAUCUUAAAUAUAGUAGAAUCAAUAUUACUAUAUAACUCACUCUAUACUGAAUUACUAAAUCAAUACGCAAAAGAUACCACCUUACUAUUAAACAUAAUAACAAAUGCACACAAAGGACAGGUUAAUCCCCAAAUAAUUAAACCAAAUGAAUUAUUGACACAGCUUAAAGAUAUCAAAACAAAUUUACCAUCAAAUCUAAAUUUACCUAUAGAAAUAAACGCUAAAAGCUAUUUUGACUUUAUGAAAUUAAUCGAUUUAAAUAUUUUUUAUGUCAAUCAUCUAAUAAUAUUUGUAAUAAAUAUACCACUCAUAGAAAACAUACCCUUUAAUCUUUACCAUAUCAUAAGUUUACCGGUCCAUGUAAAUAAAAACGAUUUCGUUUUUAUUCAAUCUACCCACGAAUUUAUAGCGGUAGAAAAAAAAUAA